AUGGCAACUAACUAUUAUAACAUCGACGCUGUAAACGUCAUAUUGCUUGAAAUCUUAGAAGACAUUGUUGUCAACAUUAUGGAAGGCACUUACGCUGAUGAAACAGACGAAUAUCUCGUGGGUUUAGUUACCCUUCUUCUGUCUGCCAUUGAUUCGGGCGCUACUACUGCGAGUGGCGACGAUCAGACCCCGGAGUCGGAGCCUGAAGGACAAAAUCCGAUUCUUGGAGGCGCAGAUGGACAGGAGUUCGACGAAGACGCCGAGGAGUCCGUCUCCUUGCACAGUGAUGGAUUGCCGAGCGGCGAUGCGCUGUCAUCUGCAGCAGAGUCGGAGCUUGCUCCGAUCCCAGAGGCAGCACCGCUCGGCAACAACAACACUGUCCAAGAAGACGACAAUUCGAAAAUUUCGGAAGCAGAAGAGGACCAUUCCGUUUUGUUGGCGAGCAGCUACGUGUUGGAUGAGAAAAUUGAGCCGGCCAGGGGUAUAGUUGUAAAAAAUAGUCUUGGUGAGCUGGUCGGUUGGCUGGACCCGGCGGCAGCACCCGGAAAAAUCGAUCCACCUCGUACGAGGUGGAAAAGCGUGAGACGCUUUUUCCGGGCUCUGUGCUGCUGCCGAUGAGAACCCGUCCGCAGCUCACCUCUUAGCCGUAGACGACAGGCAGGAUGACGGCGACACAGAGGAGGGGAGGAUGUGAGAAAGAGCACGGACGGUGCGCGGCGGUAAGUCACCCACGCACGUUCUCCGGUCACCCGCGG